AUGGAGCUGUGGGUGACCCUGGCUUGUACUACUGAGUUUGCCUGGUCCCCUGAAACUUCAGCAUCAGCGACAGAGGGAGGAGAAUUUGCUGUGUGCUGCUGGUACUUUGUGUUCUGUGUACCCUUAUCUUCCAGUUCCAAGGAGGGCUUCGGGUCAGUGGAGAAGGUUGUGUUGCUCACAUUUCUCUCAGCGGUUAUUCUGAUGGCCAUCCUGGGCAACCUGCUGGUGAUGGUGGCUGUGUGCAGGGACAGGCAGCUCAGGAAAAUAAAAACCAAUUAUUUCAUUGUAUCUCUUGCCUUUGCGGAUCUGCUGGUUUCGGUGUUGGUGAUGCCCUUUGGUGCCAUUGAGCUGGUUCAAGACAUCUGGAUUUAUGGAGAGAUGUUUUGCCUUGUUCGGACAUCUCUAGACGUCCUGCUUACAACAGCAUCAAUUUUUCACCUGUGCUGCAUUUCCCUGGAUAGGUAAGGUCAGAGCAAUGUGUAUAGUUGAACUUGUGCUAGAGGCAAUGACCUGGUGGAUAUUGUUGGAUAUUGUGCAUUGCCCUUCUUUCUUCCCUAAUUUAUUACAAGAAAUAAAUCUCAGAGAGGUAAAUUUGAUAACUGAGUUAUUUAUUCAGUCUUUGCAGAGGGACCCUUUUCAGCCAGCUACUUUCUAAUUUCUUAUAGACCCAAAUAUUAGUAAGACCUAUAACCCACCCCCCUCCAAGGAGCUUACAGUCUAGGUUGUGAUAGGUACCAGCAAUCAGGUUUACUCUAGAGCUUUGAAUUUUAUACUGAUGCCAUGAAUAAAAUUCUGAGGAAGCCAAACAUCAAGAAUGAAUCCAUCUGUGCUGGUGGGGGGUUGGGGAGGGCAGGAGGCAGCAGGGUCAAUUCAGAAUGAACAUGGUCUCUUCCUACAGAUUCUUUUCCAGAAAGUUAGAAGUGAUAUUAAGAUCUCAAAUAAUGGCUUGUUUGGGGAGCCCACAUCUAGUAUUUCAUUCCUGCUGCAUAAUUUUGUUCUUUUUCUUCAUAUUUGACUUCAGGAGCUUAAGGAUUUCCAUUUCUGUCUCAUUUGUUAGAGAUGUAUGUUUAUCACUUCUAUCAACACUUCCCUUUUUCCAA